UCCUGUGUGUCGUAGGAACUACAUGAACGACAGCCUGAGGACCAACGUGUUUGUGAGGUUCCAAGCUGAGACCAUCGCCUGUGCCUGCAUCUUCCUCGCUGCCAGAGCCCUGCAGAUGCCCUUGCCCUCCAGUCCUAACUGGUAUCUGCUGUUCGGAGCCACUGACGAGGAGAUCAAGGAGAUCUGCCUAACCACCCCCAAACUCUACACCAGGAAUAAGCUUAACUACAAUCAUCUGGAGAAGGAGGUGGAGAGGAGGAAGAUGUUUCUGCAGGAGGCCAAGCUGAAGGCCAAGGGGAUGAAUCCUGACAGGACACCUGCACUGUCUGCUCUGGGGGGCUCCUACCCCGGCUGCCAACCUUGGUCCUCGGGGUGUGCAAUCUGCCUGCUCUUGAGGACCUGCACACCUCGAGGACCCUAA